AUGAAGUCAAAAGCAGAGAAAAUAAACAACGAAAGUAUAGAACUUGAGUUUCAAAAAGCUUUUAAAGAACAAAAGAAACAGAAGUCAAAACAAAAGAAAAAACCAAUACACGAUGACUUUGAUCAAAAACAAUUUGAUUUAUUAAUUGAACAAGAACAAUCAAAAAGACAACUUCAAAAAGAAGAAACAAAAAAACUAGUUGAAGAAUAUUCUCAACUUACUGCUCCAUGUUUCGGAAAAGGUGAAAUGAUAAUUCCAGAUUCAAUCUCUUUUGGAAAAGAAAUUAAACAAAUUUCAAAAUGUAAAGUACCAAAUAAUUGUACUUGGGACUACAACCUUAAUUGUAAAACAUUAACAUCUCUUAGUAUACAUAAAGAAGGAAAUGUUUUAGUUUGUUCAGGUAAUGAUGGAAUAAUUAGAGUGUGUGGUUUAAAAGAAAAAAGUGUUGUUGAAAAUUUAAUAGGACAUCAGUCUAUGAUUCCUAGAGUUACAUUUUAUGAUAAUUUUGUUAUUUCUGUUUCAAUGGAUGGAACUGUAAAGGUUUGGGACAUUGUAAAAGGAGAAGUUAUUACUGGAUGGACAGAAGCACCCAAUUCAACUGAUGAAAAACCACCAUAUAAAUGUGUUAUUGCCAAUGAAAAUGGUAUUUUUGCAGGAUGUGCAAACAAAAGAAUAUUUCAAUAUGACAUAAGAGAAAAAAAACAUACGUGUGAAUAUAUAGUUGAUUCAAUUCCAUUAGAUGUUGCUCAUUGUGGAAAAGGAAUAGUAUGUUCAUCUGAAGAUAAAAUAAUAAGGUAUUAUGACUUAGGAAGUGGUUCAGUUACAAAGGAAAUUCAAGACCCUAAUAUUCAAACAAUGUUUUGUUUAAAUGAUUAUCAUGGAAAAUAUGUUAUUGCACAAUCAAUGGAUAAUUCUAUUGUUUGUUUUAGAGGAGAUCCAUUUAGACAAAUGAGUGGAAGGGUAUUUAGAGGCCAUUAUCCAGGGGCUUGGUGUUGUCGUCCUUCUUUUAGUCCAGAUGGACAAUAUAUUCUUUCAGGAGAUGCUAAUGGUAAAAUAUUUAUAUGGAGUUGGAAAAAAGGAAAAAUACUAAAAGUAUUUGAGCAUGCUCAUAAAGGAUGUGUAACUGAUGUGAUAUGGCAUUCAACUAAUAGUUCUUCAUUUAUAUCAUGUGGAUGGGAUGGUAAUUUAUGUUAUUGGAAUUAA